CCAACGCCAUCCUCCAGCUUCCCUCCCCGAGGUAUAACAGCCUACACCUCAACCUCAGGUCCAAUCCACGCUCUCAGCCUCGAAUUCCUCAACCACCUCCGUGCCCGCCCAGACUACGAAUCCUGCAUGCCUACCCUGACCUCCCCCGAACUCGCAACAGAUUGGGACGCCCACUACCUCCUCUCAAACCCCUACCAAAAUCCACCGACACCCGACUCCAUAGCUAACCCCCUUCGGGUCUCCCAGACCGAAAUCCACACAACAUGGGACUCAUAUAAACUCGCCGCCAUGAUUAGACGAACCCAUCAAGACCUAAACAUCCUCAGACACACGAUUGGGGAAGUUCGUAGGGAGACGUACGACGUAGACCGCGUCCUCGACGACGCGCAGCGAAAGCAGAAUGGGGGCCGAUACCCGGAUUUCUGGACGAGUUCUUCCUCCUUCUCUUCCAGAAGUGCAUGGGAUAGCGAUGACUAUCGUCAUCAUCGGGUAAUGUCCACUAGGGACAUUACCCCUUCCUGGGAGCACAGGGUCCACCCAGCAUGGGACGUAUACAAGCUCUGCGAGGUCUUUUCCAGUGUCCAGGCUGACAUCGGGAAACUUGUA